AUGGCGCUCUCGCUUUGGGGGAUUCGUGGAUCGGCGGCGGCGGCCGCCCGAUUCCCCUCGUGGCUGCCGCCGGCCGUGCGGGGCUGGACGCUGCGCCAGGCCUCCGGAGCGUCCCCGCCUGACGACCGCGUGGUGCGGAUCCCCCACGCGUGGAAGCUGCGCCUGGAGCGGCCGGCGUCCAAGCGGGAGCGAGGCGGGAGCCCCGAGAGGGAAGGCAGCGCGUCCUUUGGGGGAAAGCUGCUGCUGCGGACCCGGAGACGCGAGCUGAGCCAGGCGGCCCGGCACACGGUGGGCCGCCUGGAGAGGCCGCGCUUGGUGUCGGACGGCUGGAAGCACCGCUUGUCCCGCGGGGAUUAUUUCCAGCUGGAGCGGACGCGAAAGGAGCCUCUUCCGGAGCCGGCCGACGGGGAGCCGGCCCCGUCCACCUUCCUCGAGCUGGGCCUGGAGCCUCGCGUGGCGGCCCCCUUGCAGGAGGUGCUGGGCGUCUCGCGGCCCACGCCGGUGCAGCAGCGCACCAUCCCGGCCCUGCUGAAGGGGGGCCACGCGCUGUGCGGGGCGGAAACCGGCAGCGGCAAAACCCUGGCCUACCUGCUGCCUCUCUUCCAGCGGCUCUUGCAGGCCCCGAAGCUCCCCGAGAAGGACGCUUAUGCCACCUCUCCCCGCUCCUUGGUGGUGGUGCCCUCCCGAGAACUCGCAGGGCAGGUGCGUAGAGUUGCCGCCUCCUUGGCUGGUCCUUUGGACUUGCAGGUGAAGGAGGUCGGCGGUGGCCGGGGCACGGCUGCGCUUCGGCGCCGGAUCCGUGAGGGUCCCACUGACCUCUUGAUUGCCACGCCCGGUGCUCUGAGCAAAGUCCUGAAGAGGAAGAUGUUGUCCUUGGAGAAACUGCUCUUCUUGGUGUUGGAUGAAGCGGAUACCCUCCUGGAUGCCUCCUUCAUCGAUCUGGUGAAAGAUAUCGUUCAGCAUGCUUUCUUGAAAGAUGUCGUUCAGCAAGCUUUUCUGGACCCGCAUUCUGAAGACAGGGAUGAGGCUUGGGAUCCCAAAGCCCAGCUGGUGGCGAUGGGUGCUACCCUUCCAAAGGGGCUGAGCCAGAUGUUGAGCGAGUCUGCCGAUCUCUCCAACUUCACCGUAUUGACCGGUUCAAGUUUGCAUUGCCUUCAGCCUCACGUGGAGCAAAGGUUCGUACGUCUGAAGGGCUGCGACAAAGUAGCGGAGCUGCUACAACACCUCAAAGAGCGAGGGCCCUCCUCCGGAGCCGUCAUUGUUUUCUGCAACAGAGCCAGCACUGUGAACUGGCUGAGUUACAUUUUGGAAGACCAUAAGAUCAAACAUUUACGCCUGCAGGGAGAAAUAGCAGCUGAUACGCGAGCUGGCAUAUUUAAUGCCUUUAGAAGAGGCGAGUCUGACAUUCUGUUGUGUACUGAUAUCGCUUCCCGUGGAUUGGACACCAUUCAUGUUGAGCUCAUCGUUAAUUACGACUUCCCGUUAACGUUGCCAGAUUAUCUGCAUCGGGUGGGACGUGUUGGCCGCAUUGGCAGUAAAUUCCCUGGGACUGCGGUCAGUUUUGUAACCCAUAAGUGGGAUGUAGAUCUUGUUCGGAAAAUAGAAACGGCAGCUCGCAAAAGAAGUCCGCUCCCAGGGCUAGAUAUAGUUGUUAAGGAGUCUUUGCCGAAAAAGAAGAAAUUCUGAAUUUGCCUGGAGGACCUAGAAUGAAUCUAAUGUUUGCAGCAGUUCCUAAUAUAUUUCUGACAUUUUGUGUAUUUGAUUUUUGACCACUCAGUUCCUUAAUAAAACUGUGCUAAUACAUGGAUGCUGACAUGGAACAGUCAGAGACUUCAUCUAUCCUAUAAAAACAUGGAGGAUAUUGCAUCCAUCAUAUUUAUUCAACAUAUUUACAUAUGUUUUGUAUUGUCCAAAUUGACUUUAUAUAUUAUUCUACAAUUGGUAAAAUCCAGCA